AUGGCUUUAGUUCAAGAUGACGGGAAACCCGAUAUAUUUCUUACAAUGACGUGUAAUCCAAAAUGGCCAGAAAUCCUUAAAGAGCUAUUGCCCGGUCAGAUUGCACAAGAUCGACCGGACCUYGUUGCAAGAAUUUUUCGUGCCAAAUUAGAGGAUCUCAAGGACCAACUCUUCCAAAAGAAGAUCAUCGGCACUGUCAGGGCAUAUGUUUAUGUCAUCGAGUUUCAGAAGCGUGGAUUGAUGCAUGCACAUUUCCUCAUGAUAAUGAGACCUGAUGACAAAAUGACCAAUCUAGAUCAUUAUGACAAGAUUGUAUGUGCUGAAAUUCCUGACCCAGCAAAGUAUCCUGAAAUGCACCAGCUGGUUGUCCAACACAUGAUGCAUGGUCCUUGCGGUCAUUUACGACCGUCCAGUCCUUGCAUGCAAGGUGAGCCGAAAAUCUGUCGUUUUAGAUAUCCUAGACAAUUUAACGAUAAKACAUCACAGGCUGAGAACUCAUAUCCGUUAUACCGGAGGAGAAAUAUUGGAAGAGAUGUGAAUGUACGAGGCAAUACGYUGGAUAAUAGAUGGGUUGUCCCGUAUAACCCAAAAUUGUUAAUGAUGUUCAACUGUCAUAUUAAUGUUGAGGCUUGCUCAAGUAUAACAUCUKUGAAAUAUCUCUUCAAAUAUAUUUACAAGGGUCAUGAUAAACAAGUUAUGCAUAUAGAUCCAGACGAAGGACAGAGUGUCAUUAAUGAGAUUAAAAGGUUUCAAGAUACACGUUAUGUCUCCCCCCUGGAGGCAAUGUGGCGGAUUUUUAGCUUUGCGCUUUCUCAAAUUCAACCUUAUGUGAUGGCUUUGCAAAUCCAUCUCCCUAAUAGGCAGAUGGUUAGGUUCAAAGAUGAUGAUGUAAUGACAGAUAUUGUUGCUAGAGAGAGUGGUAAACGAACAAUGUUGACUGCAUUUUUCGACAGAAAUAAAGAAGACGAUGGUGCAAGACAACAUUUAUAUAAAGACUUUCCAAAACAUUACACAUGGAAUGCGAGCGCACGUCGUUGGAAUAAGAGAAAACAAGGAUCAAUGAUAGGACGAUUGGUUUAUGCUAAUCCCGCCGAAGGAGAGCGGUACUACCUAUGCCUACUUUUAUCUCAUAUUAGUGGGCCUACAUCUUUUAAAGAUCUAUUCACAGUCAAUGGCAUAUUAUACCCGACAUUCCGGAAAGCAGCACUUGAGAGAGGCUUAAUAGAGACAGACGAUAACUUAUCACAAUGUCUUGCAGAGGCUUCUUUAUUUCAGUUUCCGAAAGCUCUGAGGAGGCUAUUUGCGACAAUAUUAAUUUAUUGUGAGCCAGGAGAUGUUCGCAAGUUGUGGGAUCAACAUUAUGAUUCACUUUCAGAAGAUUAUAGACGACAAUGCAAAAGUGUUGACCGAGUUCGGAAUAUGGUCCUAACUGACAUCACAAGCUUUCUACAAUCUAUGGGUAAAAAUCUUGAUGAUUUCGAUCUUCCAAAGAUAAAUGUAGAUACUAACUUACAAUUUGGAAGUUUUCGUGAGGUACAAGAGGAAUACUCCAUAGUUGUAGAAGACGAACAUUUACGUGCCCGAGAAUCCCUUAAUUUCGACCAAAAAUACGCAUAUGAUGAGAUCAUGAAGCACGUAGACGAUGAUCGUUCAGGAGUAUUCUUCAUAGAUGGUCCAGGGGGGACUGGAAAAAC